AUGGCCAGAGCCGCUGGGAGCGGCGUCGCGGUGUCCGGAGAAGAGAGGGAAGAGGGUUGCGCGAUGGUUCUGGAGGCGUGGCGCGGGUGUUCAAUUUCUUCUUUUGAAGAGCUAGCGAGAUCUUUCAUUGAUUACUUUGUCGCGUCAAGAAUACAUGUACACGGAUCAGAUUACCUCGGCACAAUUAGACAAGGACAACAUGAAAGCCUAAAAGACUACAUGACUUGGUUCGCUGAAGCAACUAUGGAUAUUCCAAACUUAGACCCCGCAGUCCACCUACACGCCCUUAAAACCGGCCUCAGACUUGGCAAGUUCCGAGAAAUGAUCACAAAAAUAGACAAACAAACAACCAGGAGAGAAGAGGAGAAGACUUUCAAAUCAUCAGGCAACAAGGAACCAAAGAAACCUUUCAAGCUCACGCCAAAAUUCAAUACCUACACCAGAUUCAAUACCAAGAGGGAGAACAUAAUCAAUGAGAUUCUCAACACCAAGAUAGUAAAACCUCCUGCCCGAUCAGGAAGUUAUCAAGACCAUCAAUUUGUAGACAGGAGCAAGCACUGUGUGUUCCACCAGAAGUAUGGACACACAACGGAUGAAUGCGUAAUAGCCAAGGACUUGCUAGAAAGAUUAGCUCGGCAGGGACUUCUGGACAAGUAUGUCGAAGGGCGAAGAAACAGGAAAAUCAAACAAGAUCAAGACGAGCGUCCAACAGAAAAGGAAAAAGGGAAAUGGACAGUCCCGAAUCCACCAAGAGGAAUAAUAAACUGCAUAUCAGGAGGAUAUGCAGGAGGAGGCGAAUAA